GAAGAAAUGUCAAGGAAACGGCGGAAACACACACUCUGACGCCUGUGCGAGAACGAGGAACGCGUCUGCAUCACGCAAGCCGCCGAAAGAGCGAAAAGGGGACGACGAUCGAGAGAGUCGCGGAGGAGAAGGCGCAUGGCGACGCUGCAGGGUUGGAGGAAGGCCGUGGGCGCGCUCAAAGACUCCACCACCGUCGGCCUCGCCAACCUCAACAGCGAUUUUAAGGAUUUGGAUGUGGCGAUCGUGAAGUCCACCAAUCAUGUCGAGUGCCCGCCCAAGGAGCGACAUCUAAGGAAGAUCUUGGCGGCCACUUCGAUCACCCGCCCUCGCGCAGAUGUAGCCUAUUGCAUCCACGCCCUUGCACGGAGACUCGCCAAGACGCGCAAUUGGACGGUGGCGUUAAAGACACUGAUAGUAAUCCAUAGGGCUCUUAGGGAGGGUGACCCCACAUUUCGUGAAGAGCUUCUUAAUUUCUCACAAAGGGUCCGAAUUCUUCAACUAUCAAAUUUCAAGGAUGAUUCAAGUCCUAUUGCUUGGGAUUGCUCUGCGUGGGUGCGUGCUUAUGCUUUGUUUUUGGAGGAAAGACUUGAAUGUUUCAAGGUCUUGAAGUAUGAUGUCGAAGCUGAGCGUUUGGUACGACCUGCUCCAGGUUCUGAAAAGGGGCAUAGUAAAACCAGAGAACUGAAAAGCGAAGAUUUAUUGGAGCAAUUGCCUGCUUUACAGCAGUUAUUAUACCGGCUUGUUGGAUGUCAUCCAGAAGGAGCAGCUGUUAGCAACUAUGUUGUCCAGUAUGCACUAGCUUUGGUACUGAAAGAGAGCUUCAAAAUAUACUGUGCGAUAAAUGAUGGUAUCAUCAACCUAGUUGACAAGUUCUUUGAGAUGCCAAGACAUGAAGCAAUCCAAGCCCUUGAAAUCUACAGAAGGGCUGGCCAACAGGCUGCAAGCCUUUCAGAAUUUUAUGAAGUUUGUCGUGGACUGGAACUCGCUAGAAACUUCCAGUUUCCAAACUUGAGGGAGCCUCCACAAUCAUUUCUGGCAACUAUGGAAGAAUACAUUAGAGAGGCUCCACGUAUGGUUUCAGUCUCAAGAGAACCGUUGGAAUUCCCAGAGAGACUCCUUCUGACUUACAAAGUCGAAGCAGUUCCUGCCACAGUUGAGGAAGAACAACCAUCUCUUGAAGAUACUGAAUCAGCAACACCCACCAUUGGAGAUGCAUCUCCCACCCCUCCCACCCCACCUCCCAAGGCAGAAAGUUCAGACACCGUAGAUCUUCUUGGACUAAAUGAAAUAAAUCCAAAUGUAUCAGCACUAGAAGAAAGUAAUGCAUUAGCCUUGGCAAUCGUUCCUGCCAGUGUUACAACUGAAUCUGGCAGCCUUCAAGAUAAAGGAUUUGAUCCAACAGGAUGGGAACUUGCCUUGGUGACUACUCCAAGUAACAAUAAUGCUGCUGUUACCGAAAGCAAACUGGCUGGUGGCUUGGAUAAACUCACGUUGGACAGUCUAUAUGAUGAGGGGGCAUACAGGCAGCAGCGACAGCAGCAGCAACCACAGUACUACGGAGCACCACCUCCAAAUCCAUUCAUGGCAUCUGAUCCAUUCGCAAUGUCAAACCAAUUUGCCGCCUCACCAGCCGUCCAAAUGGCUGCCAUGGCCCAGCAGCAACAACAGAUGCCCAUGUACAUGCAACCCAAUCCCUUCGGGCAGCCUCUCUAUCAGCAGCAGCAGCAGCAACAGCAGGUCAGCUUGGUGACUGCGCCAAAUCCCUUCGGUGAUGAUGGUUUCAGAGCCCUCCCAGGUUACAAUCCUCAACAGCCCAGCAACCCUUUCGGAAGCCCCCAGCUGAUCUAGCUCAUCGAGCCCGUAUAUUCUACCGUCCCAUGAAUUCUUUUGGAUUUUGUCUAGGAACAAAUAAGUAGUAAUUUACACGAAAAUAUAUGAAAAAUGCUGGAUGGUGCUGUGAUCAGUUUGCUUCUUGGACAAAUUGUCGAUUAGUUAACUUGUAUUGCUCAUUCAAGACUCGAGAGUUGUCUGGUUAGUUUUCAUUCCCUUUGCGAUAAUUAUUGUAUGCACUCUUUUUACCUCAUUGUGAACCAUAACAUCAUUAUCAAAUAUGCAUAUCUGUUUUUUUUAUUA